GCUCUGGUCCUAAGAUACUCCAGAGGGUUUUUUCUUCCUGAAAUUGUUGUGCUGUUUUCGGUACUUAAGAGACAGACUCCAAACGAAGCAGCCGUUCUUAACCUAUGCAGACAAAGGGAGUGGUUCCCUUAGCAACAGGAACCAUGUGGAGGUUCUCAGAGAGCUCUCUUUUCUCCCUACUCGUGUUUUCUUUUAACUCAACAUUUUGCACAGCAUCUUGCAUGGAGACUCCGACAGCUGGGCUGGAGGCAAACAGUUCUUCCGUCUCUACCUAACCAGUGCUCGAAAGGCAAUUGUUCCACGCUCAUCAGACAGAAAAAAUGAUAAUCAUGGUAUAAGGAAGAGGUUUACUCAUUCUACCCAGAGGCUGAACCAGCAGAGACAGCAAAGCCAAUGUGAUUCAUUAAAUGAAGAUACUGGACAAAUACCACCAACUUGUUCGUAUUUUGCCUUGGAUAGCCUAAGCUGGAACUACUAGGUGAAAAUGACACAGCAAAUGCAUAAUUUAAGUCUCCUCCAGACUAAAAAGAACAGCAUGCCAUCUUCUCCAAAUGCUGCAAAGCGGUUGUAUCGGAACCUGUCAGAGAAGCUGAAGGGGAGUCAUACAUCCUUUGACGAGGCGUAUUUCCGAGCUCGAUCAGACCGGCUCAGUCUCCGUAAGACCUCAAUGAAUUUCCAGUGCAAUGAAGCUAUGUUUGAGGCCGUAGAACAGCAAGAUCUGGAUGCUGUUCAGAUUCUUCUUUAUCAAUACACGCUGGAGGAACUGGACCUGAACACACCAAACAGCGAAGGACUAACUCCAUUGGAUAUUGCCAUUUUGACAAACAAUGUCCCUAUUGCUCGGACUCUUCUACACGUUGGGGCAAAGGAAAGCCCACACUUUGUUGACAUGGAAAGCAGGUCAAUGCAUCUGAGUACAUUGGUUCAGGAAGCCCAGCAGCGAGUUACUGAAUUGUCUGCACAAGUGAUGAAUGAAGGCCUUGGUACAGAAAACACAGAAAAACAGAAGCAACUAAAAGCAUGGGAAUGGAGAUACAGGCUAUACAGGCGCAUGAAGGCAGGCUACGAGCAUGCUAGAGCCCCUGAGGCGCCAACCAAUGUCUGUCUCAUGGUAACAAGCAGUACAUCACUCACUGUCACCUUCCAAGAACCUCUGAGUGUCAACUCAGCUGUGGUGACCAAGUAUAAAGUGGAAUGGAGCUGUUCAGAAGACUUUUCUCCCUUGGUUGGUGAAAUAAUUAUGGAUAAUCUUCAGCCUUUGAGGUGCUCCAUCACAGGUCUCAGAACAGGUCAGAGGUAUUACGUUCAUGUUUCAGCAUACAACAUGAAAGGAUGGGGACCUCCACACAAAUCUACUCCUGCAUAUGCUUCUCCUUCAAACUGGAAAGACUGCAGUGGAAGAGAACCUCGGCACAGGGGACACACUGAGGCCUUGGAACGUCUCCUUCAGCAGGUUCGAGCAGCUCAUCAGCAUUAUAAUUGCAGAGAAAGUUCCAAAUUACAGAAUGCUGGUCGCAAGCAAUCAGUAUCUAGAAGCCUGAAGCACCUGUUUCAUUCAUCGAACAAAUUUGUGAAGACUCUGAAACGGGGACUCUACUUAUCUGUUAUAUUUUUUUACAAAGACAAUUUAUUAGUAACCAAUGAAGAUCAAAUCCCAAUUGUGGAAAUUGAUGACUCUCACAGUAGUUCAAUUAUGCAGGAUUUCCUGUGGUUCACAAAGUUGUCUUGUAUGUGGGAUGACAUCAGAUGGCUGAGGCAGAGUAUGUCUAUAUCCGUGUCCUCAUCAACAACACUUCAAGCCAGGCAAAAGAUGCUUUCUGCAGCAGCACAGCUACAGAAUUUGCUGGGAACUCACAACUUAGGCAGAGUUUUUUAUGAGCCCAUCAAAGAUCGACAUGGCAAUAUACUGAUAGUUACUAUAAGAGAAGUGGAGAGUCUUUAUUCAUUUUUUAAUGGCAAAUGGAUGCAGGUAUCCAAACUACAAAGCCAGAGGAAAUCCCUUUCAACUCCAGAGGAGCCAACAGCGUUAGACAUUUUGCUUAUAACAAUCCAGGACAUACUUUCCUAUCACAAACGAAGUCAGCAACGCCUUCCUCCUGGCUUAUAUCUGGGUUACCUUAAACUCUGCAGUUCUGUGGAUCAAAUCAAAGUUCUCGUGUUGCAGAAGUUGCCUAAUGUCCUGUGUCAUGUCAAAAUCCGAGACAACAGCAACGUCUCCAAAGAUGAGUGGGAAUGGAUCCAAACACUUUCUGGCUCAGAAUCUGUGGAAAGUAUGGAUCAUACUUCAGACUGCCCUACUCAAUUGUUCUUGUAUGAGCUCCAGAUGGCAGUGAAAGCUCUCCUUAAACAGAUCAAUCUACCUCUGCAUCAGGCUAAGCACUUCCGUCUGUAUACACAGGAGGUGUUGGAACUGGGUCACAAUGUCUCCUUUCUUCUCCUGCUCCCCGCCUCAGACGACGUCUGCACUGCCCCAGGACAGAAUAAUCCUUACACCCCACACUCAGGAUUUCUUAACCUCCCUCUUCAGAUGUUUGAACUUGUUCAUUUUUGCUGUUACAAGGAAAAAUUUAUAAGCCUGUAUUGCCGCCUUUCUGCUGUCAUAGAGCUGGACUCUCUGAAAACCCAGCAAUCCCUAAGGGAAGCAAUUUCAGACAGUGAAGUCGCUGCAGCCAAACAAAGACACCAGCAAGUUAUAGACUACAUACAGCAAAUUGAUGAUAUCUGGAGGGAAAUGAGAUGGAUCACAGAAGCACUGCAGUAUGCCAGAUACAAGCAGCCAGCAGCUGGCCUACCAAUAAAGAAGCUUGUGAAUCUUUCAGAACACUCUCAAAAGAAAAUCAGUUCAACCUCUUCACAUCUAGAUUGUCUUCCUUCACCGCCCCCCUCACCUGAGGCUAGAAGCCAGAGGAGAAAAGCUGUGAGUGAUUCCCAGCCCUGCUCAGAUGAAGAAGGCUGCUCUGAAGUAUUCCUUCCAACUGACAGUGACUAUGAUUCCAGCGAUGCAUUAAGCCCCAGAGAAUUAGACUUGAUUUACUCGUCCUCACAUGACAUAUCCCAGCAGGCAGGCAGUGGCCUGGGUGGUAGUGCACCUGAUGUUCUCCAAGUCCAUGACAUGAAGCCUUGCCUAACAUUGAAAGAAGGCCUGACAGAGUGUAGUGCCUUUGAUAUUAAUGCUGAACAUUGCACAGAGUAUAUGAGCAAUCUAACAAUGUCAGGGAAUACAUCAAAAAGCAUAGACAAGUCCUCUAGCUCCAAGCAGCCAUUGAGCUUUUUAGGGAAAAAAAAGCUAGGGAAACAUCAACAUUACAACUACUUCAGCAGGCAUCAUCGUUGGCUGCGUGUGCACAGCGAGACACAGUCUGCCUCUCUGUCUGAAGGCGUAUAUACUCAGCAUCUCAUGAGAUCUUCAGAUUUAUCUCAAGAACCUACCUCCAGUGAGCAGUUACAGAUUCCCAUUGAUGGAUCUCGGAGCACUUUCUUACCUCAUGCAUCCAGCCUUCCAGAAGAUGGAAAAGGCAAGUAUGAGGAAUCGAGGCAGAAUGUCCAUAGGAUAUAUGUGGAACCUUAUAAAACAACACUUCUGAGUGAAGAGGACAAUUCCUGGGGAGCGAGCAUGCAGUCUGUAGAACAUAAGGAUGUGCACAAUGCUAUGCAACAGAAAAUGGAUCCAGAUGAUCAGUUGGGUUCUGCUGUCUCAGAAGCAUUCAGCAGCACGCUUUAACCCCAGACUUCUACAUUGCUUGCCAUUGCUCCACAAGGAGAUAGUGAGCAUCAUACAAAUAGGGCCAUGCUUUCAAAAUCACUUGUAAAAAUCCAGCUUCUGAAAAUGGCAACUUGUGUCACUUUAAAGAAUCCUAAUCAUUUGACUUCAUCACCAGAUAUCUGGUCUUACAGUGGUAUCUGUCACGAUGCAAGAAUUAUUAUUUGCAUUGGCAGUUUUGCAGGUAGGGUCCUAACAGUCACCACAUAGCAGAACACUUCGUGGAUGCAAAUCUAGUAAUCAGUUUUUGCAGUUCUCUUGAUUUUCACCUAUCUCCAAGCAUGCAAAAUUUUAAGCAUGAGUGGUUCUGACUGCAAUGUAGCAGACUCUGUAACAUCCUUGGUGUCCUCAUGUUAGGACUGUGUCCUAAUAUUCUAUUAAUGUGUUUUCCACCAUUUCCUAUAUUUUUUUCUAUUUCUCAGCCCUCCUGAAUAUAUAUAGGUUGCAUGUAACUAAAGUGCUAACUGAUCUAGUAAUAUAAUUAUCCCAGAGUUUCUAGCCAGUUACAGAGAAGUGAAAAUACAAAAGUUAUCACUGAUAUUGCAUGCACCAUCUCUGAAUGCUGCCAGAGCCUGAUAUAAUAAUUAUCACACUGUUUGAGGUGUGGGCAUUUUUUUUUCUUUUUUUUCUUUUUUUUCUUUUUUUUUUCCUUCAGGAGCUUAGAUUUCAAAAAAGGUGGCAGGCUAUUUUAAAGGCUUAAAAGGCAGUCAACCUUUGAGGUCAAGAACAGACAGAAUGAAGCUGAGCUCUGAAUGAAUAAUAUGCAUGGUCUAAGUAAGAUCAAAGUGAAGGUUGGUCUUUUCUGCUGCCCAGCACACAGGAGUACAUUUCUUUAUGUUGCAGGCACUCUCAGGCAGCCUUUAGAAAGAAAUGCACCUACUUUUGUUCCUGAGUAUUCAGUGCAUAUUCAGGGGUAUUUGAUCUCUAUGUCUGAAAUUGGUAUAUUCUGGCAAUUCCAGUUAGGGAAAUUUGGGGUGCAGUUUGAAUCUAAGAUUUUUCAUUUGUGCCACUGAUAAAUAUUAAUAUCACAAGCAGGGUAGAAGAUGGUGUUCUAGCACUCCAUGUUUGUCUAAAGGCAGAUCACAGUGAGUCACGAUUUUGUCCUUUGCAACUAGAAUAAGACUUAUAGUACUACAGAAGAUGAUCUCAAAAAUGAAUGAGAACCAUAACAUUUGAGUCACUGAGAAAUGAACUAAUGUAGAGAGAAACCCCAGCUGUUGCACAAGCUUUAAUUUUUCUUAAACAGUUCUUGAAGUUUAAUUUUAUAGGCCACAUUCCUGCUGGUUAAAUUCCCUCACUCCAUGUUUGUGCAGCCUUCUACCUUUCAAUUUUUCAGCCUCCAGGUGGAUACAUUCUAAGGCCUCCAAUAAAGAGAUUUGAGUUAAAUAGUUGAGUUUACAAGUCCUUGAGGUGAAGGUAAGGAUUUGGGCCCAUGAUCUGUGGUCCUUAUUAAAAUAGCACUUCCAUAACCCCAGUGCUAUUAAAAUCCCUGUGAACUCAAUCCAUAAAUUCAAAAAUAAAUGUUAUUCACUAUUUCAUGCUUGGUCAGUAUGCAGAAGCCAAGAAGAGUCCUCGCAGUGAUAUAAGGGCAAAACCUUUCUAUAAGAGAUUUACAUUUUUAAAUUCUCUUUUUUUGGGGAGAGGGAAGUUAGCUUUUUGCACCAAAAAUAUUCAUUACCUGGUCCAAUUCUCAGUGAGGAUGGAAAGACUGCCGUUCACCUCCACAGGCUUUGAAUGGGACCCAUACUGAAAAUUCCUGUGGGUGAGAAGAUGGGGGAGCAGAAGUGUCAGUGCCAACUUGCAGCUAUAAGGACACACUGUGUACGUUUUAUGCCACAUGAAAUUGCACGGGAAAAACCCAACUCACAAACCAUAGCACCAAAAGUGAUGUUUUACUGUCACUGAAGGCAGCAACAGCUUGUUACAUUAGAUUACGUUCAUUAGCAGAGGGCUUUUUACCAGGGAGAGCCAGAGCAAUGUUGUAUUCAGAAGUCAAAAUAAUUUCCAUUGUUUUCUAGUAUACAGCAUCGAGCCCAUGCUCCCCUAACCUGUUUAGCCUCUAAGCAAAACUGCCAUGUAACUGUUUAUUAAAGAAUAAAAAUAACAAUAUACUGAGGCCAUAUGUUUUUGCAGAAAGUGAAGAGAUAAAAGAAGAUGUUCCUAAAAUGAAACCCACCUUGCUUUGCUUUGGCUCUUCAGGAAAAAACAAAACAAAAAAACCCACCACCAACAACAAAACAAAACAAAACAAAAAACAGUGAGGGCAAGAGUAGUAAAAUCUACAGCAGAAGAACUGGUACACACUGCUGGGUAGAUAAGGAUGUAAAAAUCUGUUAUCUACUCCUGGUGCUGGGCUUUUCCAGAAGUAGUCAAGUAUCUAAUAAAGAGCUGGAUUUUUUGCUGGCAGAAAGGGCUUGUCUUUAUCAUAAUUUUGCCUACAUGCAAGCGCUAAGACAGAAUUUGAAUCUAGGAGUGCAAAUGCCAGCCACAGUCUACACCAUCUCGAUUUUAACCUUGUUAUAUGGAAGUGGUGUUUACGUGAUGUCAAUGAGGCAUACUUCCUUGAUCCUAUUGAGGCUCUUCCAAAGCUUUAACAGUCAAAAUAGUAAACGAUAGUUCUGACUUGAAAUACUUUUGGUUAUAAA